ACAAAAGCCAAGGGAGAACUGAUGCCGAGCUGCACCACCGCCGCCGCAUCCACCAUGCCCGGCAGACUCUGCAAAAACCCAGACCUGGAGUUCGACUCCUUGCAACCCUGCUUCUACCCGGACGAAGAUGAUUUCUACUUCGGGGGCCCCGACUCGACACCCCCCGGGGAAGACAUCUGGAAGAAGUUCGAGCUGCUGCCCACGCCCCCGUUGUCACCCAGCCGCGCCUUCCCAGAGUCCGGGAGCCAAGAGCACGGGAGCUGGGCCUCGGAGAUGAUGCUGCUGCCCGAGGCCGACCUCUGGGCCGAGGAGGAUGCAUUCGGCCUGGGAGGGUUGGGGGGUCUCACCCCCAACCCCGUGAUCCUGCAGGAUUGCAUGUGGAGCGGCUUCUCGGCCCGGGAGAAGCUGGAGCGAGCCGUGAGCGAGAAGCUGCAACACGGCCGGGGGGCACCGGCCACCUCCGGCAGCCCCGCAACCCCAACUCCUGGAGCAAGCGCUUGCAGCAGCAACAGCAGUCCGGCAGCUGCUGCAUCGGGAUCCGGCCGGGGCCCCGCAGCUGCCCUGCCCGCCGAGCUCGCGCACCCCGCGGCCGCCGAGUGCGUGGACCCCACCGUGGUCUUCCCUUUCCCCGUGAACAAGCGCGAGCCAGCUCCGCCGCCGCCUCCUGUCGCCUCCCCAGCUGGUGGGGUCCAGGCGGUAGGCGCAGCUACGGUGGGCUCCGGACCGAGCAUCCCGACGGCCCCCGGUGGGGUCCCGGUGGUCGUCGCCUCUGUGCGCACAAGUGGCCGGCCGGCCAGCACUGGGGAGCACAAGGCCCUGAGCACCUCUGGAGAGGACACCCUGAGCGACUCAGAUGAUGAGGAUGAUGAAGAGGAAGACGAAGAGGAAGAAAUCGACGUGGUGACAGUGGAGAAGCGCCGCUCCUCGAAUAACAAGUCGGUCACCACCUUCACCAUCACCGUUCGCCCCAAAAAUGUUGCCCUAGGUCCAGGCAGGGUCCAGCCUGGGGAGCUGAUCCUGAAGCGCUCGGUGCCCAUCCAUCAGCAGCACAACUACGCCGCCCCAUCUCCGUACGUGGAGAGCGAGGAGGCACCCCCACAGAAGAAGAUGAAGAGCAGCAGCAGCAGCAGCGACGUGUCACCGCGUCCCCUCAAGAGUGUCAUCCCCCCCAAGGCUAAGAGCCUGAGCCCCCGCAACUCCGACUCGGAGGACAGCGAGCGUCGCCGCAACCACAACAUCCUGGAGCGCCAGCGGCGCAAUGACCUGCGUUCCAGCUUCCUCACGCUUAGGGACCAUGUGCCAGAGCUGGUGAAGAACGAGAAGGCCGCCAAGGUGGUCAUUUUGAAAAAGGCCACCGAGUACGUCCAUGCCCUGCAGGCCGAGGAGCACCAGCUCUUGCUGGAGAAGGAGAAGUUGCAGGCCAGACAGAAGCAAUUGCUCAAGAAACUGGACCACGCACGGACUUGCUAAAACGUUCCUCCCAACCGGACAGUCACUGCCACUUUGCACAUUUUGAUUUUUUUUUAAAGAAAGAAAAAUAACAAACAAUUGUGUUGACAUUAAGAAUGUUGGGUUUA